UUCUGAAAACGUCCUUUCCGGAAGUCCUGUUCUUGUUAUUGCAGCGGUGCAGCUGUUCUGAGCCGAACAGGCUGCCUUUAUCUCUCAAAUAUCACCUUGUUUUUACUGUUGUCAUUUCCACAGUCUAACGUUUGCCAGCGGCCUCCCGUCUCUUUAGCCACACACCUUUUAGCGGCUGGCGUUGCUUCUUUUCCGCGGGUGUCUCGUGCCGUUUGUGUGUUCACGAGAGGAUGGUUUUGUCAACAUCACAACAAGUCGCCCUGGCUUUCACAGCCGUGCUUUUCACGUUUGUCGUCCUGCCCAGGUUGUUUGGCGUCGGCGGCGGGACCGGGACGAAGGAAACUAGAUUUGACCCUCGCUACACCAGAAAAGCCACAGGUUCGGGCCCGGGCGCAGUGAGAGGUCAGCCCAUUAACUUGAACGCCCCCGGUUCACCUCAGACCCCUGAGAACGUGCAGCAGAUGAAGAAGCUGAUGGAACAAGAGCUGAAGAGUGACAAAUACAAAUCCAACAGCAACAAGGGCUACGUGUUCACACUGAUGCCUCUCUACGCUAUCGGAGUUGGAGUGUUUGCAGCCUACAAGUUUUUGAAGAUCAAAUCUGCAGAUGACCAGGCACAAAAGGACAAAUUUGCAAAAGGGGCCAAAAAAUCAGUAGAGGCAGAGAACCAGUUGAACGAGCUGGAACAAAGGCUAGCACAGACAGAGAGGAUGCUCAAUUCCAUCCUCACCCAGCUGGACCCGCUCACUAACUGCGUGAAGUCAGUGGCCCAGGAGCAGAAGAACGAGAUCAUGUCUCAACUCCAGACAAUCCGGUACCUGAUGAAGAAGAGAGGAAUGGACUGUCCACCCCUGAACAUCAACGAGGCAUCCUGCGGGCGUAAUCUGGAUGACCUCAUUGAGUCACUCGGACUCAACGACACCUCGGCAGCGGAAGCUUCUCUGGUGGACAAGCAGACCUCUGCGGGAACAGCUUCUGAAAAAGUCUAUCAAAAGCAUUUGGAAGCUAAAGAUGAAGCUGCAUCAGAAGGUGAAGAGAUGAAGGAGCUCAUACCAGAGGAAUCUGACAGGGAAGCAGAGGAAGAAGGGAAUGUGGAGGAAGAGGACAGUGAGGAGGAGGAGGAGGAGGAGGAGGAGGAGGAGGGAUUGGAGGACUCUGAGCUCAUGCCUUCACUAGAGGACUUAUAUGAGACAAACAUUGAGGAGGUUGGAGCGGAGCAGCCUGCGUCCAGCCUCAGGCGACGCAACAGGCCUGAAUGAACUCACUGCAGGACUUCUGCACUGUUGACAGAUUAUUAUGAAUAUUUAAAUCUAAUAUCUAAAAGGCUUUCAUUCCAAAAGGCUGUCUACAUAUUCAACAAAACAUAUAUUGCAUUCAUAAGAAACAAUAACCUCAUAAGGAAAGCUCUCUAACAGUAAACACACAGAGCUCUAUUUUCCUGUUGCACUCUCAAAGACCAGACAAACUGUAGUUCAUGUGUCAAGUGCAUCUGCUGUUAUUGCCCAUAAUAGCACAGUGUCAGACUGAAAACCCCCUGCUCUAAAUGGUUCUGAAGUCACAUUUCUGUCAAUAGUUGGCACCAAAUAAUGAGGUGAGUGACAUUGUGCUGAAAACAGACCAGGGGCCAGAUGCAUACCACUUGUGUAAAAACCUAAACAGAAUUCUGUCUUAUUUUUCAUCUCCACCUUAUCAUCUCACCCACAGAUCAGUAUACAAAAACAUGUGCGCAUAGUCUGAAGUAUGCAUGAUUGUGCACACAUUCUCACCACACAUUGUGUAUAAACACAUAUUGUUUGUACAUCUGGCUCCCAGGUCCUCAGACAUCCAUUCUCAGCGCUAUGUCUUUCAUCCCAAAGCCAACACUUUGCCUUGCGAUGCCUCAUCUGCUUGGGACUUGCAUCUUGUUGCUGCUCGCACCUUUGCACCAUGUGCACUGGGCACAAAAACACAGACGAGACAGGCAAACCUACCCUGUGGUCAGGGUUGGGAAAAGUCCAACAUAGCAUAGUGCUACUUGUUUUAGUCUUUGUGCUGACAUGAAAAUAGAGCCCAUAAUGUCCUUUUACUUUCCUGUUUUGUACUUUAUUUUUUCAAACACAAAUUGUCACCUUUUUAAACUUGCCUGAUUUUGGAAUGAAACUUAUAUGCUUAUUUUGUUUCACUAGCUCUGCCAUCGGUUUAGGCUUGCACCUGCUUGAAUGCUGAAGCCAAACAUUUUAAAGUGUAUAAUUUACGUUAAAGGACGUUGUGGUCCGUGUCACCUGCUGCUUAUUUGCCUUUACCAUUCCUUUCUCAUGAUGGACAACUUGUCAAACACAGAGGUAACUAAUAACAAUCAUGACUGCAUUCCAUUCAAGUGUUGCAGUUCAAGGGUCCUGGUAUUGUGAAUGCUGGCGCACUGACAUGUCUUACUGGGACACUUAAAUGGAACAAAACCAUUGUUAAUAUUAUUAGUCGCACCUGUGCUCUUCCUGCUAUGACAAGUAAAAAUGUCUGCAAUGAAAAAGGUCUUUUGAUGUGAUUUAUUCCACUAUGAUAAACAGGAGCGUGGACGUUUUUAAAAACCCAGCUUCUCUGUCCGUUAGUCUAGAGAAAAUGUGCUUUUCAUUGUUGCAUCUUACCCUGCCUAAUCCUCUGCUGCCACCCCCGACCCCUAUUGGCUAUCUGAAAAUUGCAGAGAUGGAUGAUUUCAUGACAAAAUCCAUAGAAGUCUUAACAUAAACAAUUUUAAUAAAUGUUGUUUAAAGGGAGUGACACUAACACUGCUGGAUGCGAUGAGCCUAUUUACACUGCAUGAUGUUUUAAUUUAUUUAUUCAAGAGGAAAAUGACAAUCACUUGAUCAACCAGAAACAUUAACUCACGUUACAUUUUUCUACUGUUUCACUGCUAUAUUACUUUUUUGCAUAUUUUUAUGUUUGCUGAGUACGAGUAUCGACGAAAGGAAUCAGUUAUCACUCUGCCUUAUAUUUCAAGAUUUUUUGAGUUGAAAUCCUUGAGAGGCCACUGUGAGGAGGCUUUCAGGUCUGUUUCCAUGUUGUCUGUUGCUGGGAAACAUACAUCAAGCUACUAUCAGGGUGCUCUAACUUUACAUUUCCAAACACAAUGAACAAAUUGGGGUCCUGAUUAAAAAUUUUUAAAGAAAUCUUGUUGUAAUUUGUGCUGAUGUCAGUUAAUACCCAACGCUGCAUUCAUGACUGCAAUUAUGGCUACAACAGUUAGAAUAGUCAUUAAUCUUUUACAGAUUAGCACUGCACUUGAGGAUAACACAGUACAUAAUAGUAGCCCAAUGUUGAUGUAAUGAAAUGUGCUAAAAGUUUGGUAAAAAUCACAUUAAAAAAAGUAGUAGUUAUCAUUUUUGCCAAAAUUAGAAGCCCCUGUAGCAUUUAUUGCCAUAAUAUAAGAUCAAGGCGUGAAUUCUUAUCAUUACCUUAUUAGUAAUGAAAUAUUUGACCGGUAGACACUGCAGGAUGUUUGGGUCGGCUUCAUAUUUCUGUUUUCACUGUUUUACUGAGUUCUGACACUAAGUUUUACACAUAUAAAUUACUGCCGCAACUCUACCACAAAUCUUUGCCUUCAUUUAUUUUGUAAAUGUUUUGCAUCAGUUCUUCCCCUUUAUGCUUUCAUGUGGGGGUUGAGUGAGGAAACUCUUGCCGUCGUAGAAAAUAAAACAACUCAAAAAGUAA